CAUUGCGUGUCGCCCACUUGGUACGUUGAACUUGUUGGGUCGAUAUCGUCGACCGGUCAUAAUCAAGUUCAAGUUUGGCGCAUCGCCAUGACUACAAAGUGCAAACAUAAGGUGAUACCACACCCUUUGUCUAGUGUUCAAAGUGUUCAGUCUAUACCCGAGCUGUACGAAGCACGGUAAGUGUCUAAUAAAUGAAUAUUGAAUAAAUUACUUGAAUAUUCGAAGUUUGAUAUAAAAGAUGAGAGUACACGGUACGCGAGCUUAUAUAGAACCGACGCCUGUACCCAAAAUGCCAGCAGGCCUCGUUGAGCUGAUGGAAGGUUUAUCGAGGGAGGUGUUAAAGAAUAAUCCGACUGAAGUAUAUAAGUUUUGUGCACAGCACAUGAGGAAUUUGCUGGUACUGAGAGAUGGUAAACCACCGGAAAAAUAUUUGACUUUGGAACAAAAGAUAAAUAAAGCAAAUAACAUUAUAAAACGAAGAGCAAAUGAAAGACGUCGAAACUUUGAUAAUAAUAUGCAAUUACACGUAGACCAAGAUAUAAUAGAACAGUCAUUCGGUAACGAUGUUGAGAUCGCUUCUAUUGUUUUAAAUGCGGAUAAUAUGAAUACAUCUACAGCAGAUUCGAAAUCGCGCGAAGAAAAUGUAGAUACUACAAAGUAUAAUAUUGAAGACAUUCAUCUAGAUAUUGAGAGAAGUAUCAAAGACAUUAGACAUAAUACUACGGAUGAUAGCGUAGGUAACGAUAACACCGAAACCAAAAACGAUCUUCAUACAAAAGAUAAUACUUCUGAUACAUAUGCAGAUUCCCAGAAUCAAGGGAAUAGCACUGGUUUUGAUAAAGACGACAAAACAAACACUGAGCCAGCUAUUAAUGACGAUAACAAGAAAGUAGUUCAAGAAUUAGAUAUCAAUAUCGAGAAUGAAAUAAAUCCGAUUAUUGUUACUGCUAAUAUUGAAAUUAACGACCAACCCAAUGUAGAAGUGUGUGAAAUAAUCGCAGAAGAAUAUGAUGUCAAGGAAGAAAAAGAAAUUAAACUAAACGAGGAUCCGCAAGGUAAAUCGGAAGAAGCUGACCAAAACAAUAUUCAGAAUAUACAAGGAACUAAUGAACAGAAUCUUACUGUUGAUGGUGACAACAUAAAAGAGAAUAUUGUCAUAUCUCCCCUUGACAGUCUAAAAGAUAGUAUUGCAAACAAUGAAACCGAAAAUUAUGAUAUUAAAGCUAAUUUACAUGUAAAGUAUGCAGCCGUUGAAGAUAUCAAGGAUGCUGAAAAAAAUGAUAGUACUAAUAUCUUAACAGAAGUACGUGUCACAGAUUCGCCUGCUAAAGAUGUUAACAUCGCUGUUUUAGAAAAGAGAGAUGAUACGAAUAAAGAAACUGUUGAAGUUAUUGAAAAGCCGCAAAAUCAAACAAAUACAACAGAAACAAUUGAAAAAGACAUUGAAAUCAAUAACUCUAACAACACUACAGAAAAUAAUGCUACAGCUAAAAUUAUAACUGAGAAUGAUGUUUCUGAAAAUGAGAAUCAAGAAAAGGACAUUAAUACACUAAUAAAAGAAGAAUCUAACAUUAAUAAAAUAUUGAACGAACAAAAAGAUAGUGACAUAGUUAUAAAUAUUCAAAGCGAACAGCAGGAUAAAGAUAAUAAAAAUGAUGCCAACAGUAAUGAUGAUAGUUCUCAACUUUCCAUGAAAGAGUUUGACGACAUCGAAUCGAACAAUAGUAAUGAGCCCGAAACAGAUAAAUUAAAAAAUCCUAAGACUAUGGAUUUGGAAACUGCUGCUAUAACAAUUCAAAAAGUAUUUCGUAAUUUUCUUUUUAGAAGUAAAACGUCUAGUUUAGAAGAACCAACAAACACUGAGUUUAAUAUGUUUGGACGCGAACCCUCAAAGGAUGAAAAUAGUUUUACGAUUCAGAAUCAAAAUAAAGACAGACGAGUUAUGGGUAUAAGUAGGAUGGAUACUGUCUUACAAACGGUUAACGAAGAAAAAUCUCUGUCUUUAUCAACUGACGACUCAUCUACAAUAUCAAGCGCUGCUACUGUCAUUCAAGCUCACAUUAGAGGCUUUCUUUGUAGAAAUAGAUUGAAUCGCAAUAAAAUGACUUCAAGCGCAUCGCUAAACACAUCUAAAGACUCUUCCCCUGUGUCUUCUGAAGCCGAUCCAGACCUCCUUAAAAAUAAAACCGUCUUAAAUAUUCACAUUGUCCCUGAAGGUGGUCAAUUCGUAAGCAGGGAUGAAAGUAUAUUAACUUCAAUGGAAUUGUCUCUUGAUGGUAGUCCACCGACAUCUGCAAAGUUGCAUCCAUUGGGCUAUGAUAAAAGUGAACGUAGAAAGCAAUUGAAACGGGAGGACGCAAUACAAUCAAUUUCUCCACCCAGCAACAAUAGCAGAUUAAGUGAAGAGCAGGACUCUGUCAAAGAAGUGAUUGUUGAUGAGGUUGAAGUUGGCAAAGUAGAAAAGAUUAAUUCCGAAAUUUUUGUUAAGUCUGAACAUGUUAGUGACAAGCAGGAGCAAGUAAAGGAUGUGCUUAAUAGUAAUGAUAAAAUAGAGACGGUAAAUAAUGUGGUUGAAAUGGAACCUGCAGAUUCUCAAAUAACUGUUUCUAAUGAUGAUAUUUUCCCAAACAAUGGUAUAAAGAAAAACUCUUCAGAGGAAAAACUGAAGGAUAAUAAAGUCAGUGAAGAGCAUGAGUUAGUUAACGAAAGUUCUAUUGAAGAAGACAAAAUCGUAAUAGAGAAAGGUAAUUGUGAUAAUGUCCCAGCUGAUUCUCAUGAAAAUAUUCCUAUCCAUAAUGAUGGUGAAAUUGUGAAGGACGAAAAUGAAGCAGAACAGAAGCUCGCAAAAGAAGUGCUUAUUGGAAAAGAAGAAACUGGACAAAAUCUUGAGCCAGAACAGAGAGUUGAUUCUCAAAAACAUGAUGUAGAUCUAAAAGAAAAUGCAGAGGACAAAGUUGUGACGGAAAUAUCAACUGACGAAUUAGACGUGGUAACUCCCUUUACACCAACUGAAGAAAACCUUAAUGAUUCUGAAAAACAAAGGUUGCUACAUUCCGGUGAGUUCCACGAUGUAGUUCUACCGACGAAGGUGUCCCGCAAUGACACGUCAGUCGUCAGUGGUGAGUGAAGACAACUAUUAUCAGAUUUUCACAACGUCCUGGUGUACUUUUUAGUCUGGAAUAAUUAACAAAAUGAUUAAAUAAACAGCUGAGAUUUUAAGUUGCAGAUUUUAUAUUUUUAUUCCUUGUUAUUAAUAAUAACCAUUAAAGUGGUUUACUUUAUA